CCCUGGUGACUGCCGGGUUACGUGAUGACGCUAAAUGUAUAUGAGCGCGAGCAGCAGCGCCUCGCUCCCUUUUACCGCCUUCAGAGCGGACUGUUUUUCCCGGCCGUGGUCGCUCCGUUGCGCACUUCUAUACACGCCGAGCCGAGGCAACAGGAAGGACUUUGCUGGACUGUACAGAGAUGGCUGACAUGGAUAAUAAAGAUCAGACCGAGCUGGACCCUGCAGAUAUGGAGGAUGUGGAAGAUGUGGAGGAAGAGGAGACUGGGGAGGAUGUUAAUACCAAAGCUCGCCAGCUCACAGUCCAGAUGAUGCAGAACCCACAGGUGCUGGCGGCGCUACAGGAGCGGCUGGAUGGCUUGGUCGGGUCACCGUCGGGCUACAUGGAGAGUUUACCCAAGGUUGUCAAGAGGCGUGUCAAUGCCCUCAAGAACCUCCAGGUGAAGUGUGCCCACAUCGAAGCCAAGUUUUAUGAAGAAGUCCACGAGUUGGAAAGGAAAUACGCGGCCCUGUACCAGCCGCUCUUCGAUAAGCGGAGCGAUAUCAUCAAAGCAGCGUACGAGCCUACGGACGAGGAAUGCGAGUGGAAGGCAGAUGAGGAGGAAGAGCUUACUGUAAGUAAGCAGGAGGAUAUGAAGGAAAAGGCCAAAGUGGAGGAAGAAAAAAAGGAUGAGGAGAAGGAGGACCCAAGGGGCGUCCCAGAUUUCUGGCUCACAGUGUUCAAGAACGUCGACUUGCUCAGUGAUAUGCUGCAGGAACACGAUGAACCCAUUCUCAAGCACUUACAAGACAUUAAAGUCAAGUUUUCGGAUCCCGACCAGCCAAUGAGCUUCACGUUAGAGUUCUACUUUGAGCCCAACGACUUCUUCACAAACCGAAUGUUGACGAAAACCUACAAGAUGCGGUCGGAGCCCGAUGAGGCGGAUCCGUUCUCCUUUGACGGGCCGGAGAUCAUGGGCUGCACGGGUUGCCAGAUUGACUGGACUAAGGGCAAAAACGUCACCCUGAAGACGAUAAAGAAGAAGCAGAAGCACAAGGGGCGUGGCACCGUGAGGACGGUCACCAAGACUGUGCCCAAUGAUUCCUUUUUCAACUUCUUCAGUCCCCCUGAAGUCCCUGAAAAUGGAGAGCUGGACGAGGACUCGGAGGCCGUCCUCGCCGCUGACUUUGAGAUCGGCCAUUUCAUCCGUGAGCGUAUCGUGCCAAGGGCGGUGUUGUACUUCACAGGCGAGGCCAUCGAGGACGACGACGACGAUUAUGAUGAAGAGGGUGAGGAGGCUGAUGAUGAGGAGGGUGAAGAGGAAGCAGAUGAGGAGAACGACCCAGAUUACGAACCCAAGAAGGACACGAAUCCACCAGCAGAGUGCAACCAACAGUGAAGCCGGAGCCCGUGGCCUUGGGGAGUAACUGCACUGUAACAGCUUCUGAAACAAAACAUAGUUACUUACAGCCUUAUACUGUUUUAUAUAUUUUCUUGGUAGAAAUUAUGGAAUUUCAACAUUUUUGUUACCAAACUCGUAUAAUGGGGGCCAAUUCCAAGCCAUGGCUCAUUCUGCAUAGUAUUUUUAGUUUUUUUUUUUGUUUUUUUAGGAUAAAUAGAAUGCAGUAACUCACUCAAAGCAUGAACUUAUUUCUCCACUGCUUGAUAGUUUUGGGUUCUUCGUGAAGUCUUCUUGUGCUGCUCUCAGACAACAGCUGUGGGAAGACAACCAAGUUGCUGGUGUGUGAUAGCCCAUGUUCACAAACCAAAUCCUUACUCUAAACAACCAGAGUAACCUAGCUGAUUGCCCACCCCCCGCCCCCCUCCUUUUUUUUUUAUAAAAAUAAUAAUAAAAUAUGAGAUUGUGACCUUUUCAUGUUGCUGGCUCUGCCGCAGCCCUUGAACUUAACGCCACUGCUCAGUCGCGUCUACCCACACUUUUUACACCGCCAGCCAGGGUAAAUGUGUGGAAUUUGGGCAGCUUUGACCGCUAUAGUGUUGGUUGGUACCACUUUGGCUGUUUGGAGUAUCCGGCGCCGGGCGCAAUACAUUCCGUUGUAAAGACGGGACAUUUCUCAAUUAAUUUCAUUGGCAGCCAUGAUUUGCUUUUGAGUAUAUUUGUGAAAUGAAUCGCAUAUUGAAGCUGCUGAAUCCUCAGUCUUAUUUGGGUUGCCAUGUUUGUGGCUUCAGUUUGCGGAGCUGAUGUGGCCUAGUCUGAUGCAUUCCAAAUUUUAUGUAGCAAGUUAGAGCACUAUAGGUAACAGCGAUUACUGGAUCUUUAUCCACAUUCCUACGCUGGCAAAGUGCUGAUCUGCCUAGAUGGAGUCUCAGCACUUGUGUGUUCAGUGAGUGGUACCAUUGCGUGGCUGAGAAGGGUUGUUUGACUGGAAUCCUCCUUCUGUCUGCAGAUGCCCACAAAGUGUUAUUGGGGUAGGGGGGUGAAUUUGUCCAGCACAUAAUCUUGGGGAAGGCAUAUAUGACAUGUAUGAGUGUUUCCAGCUGGCUAAGAUCUGAAAUCCAGCAGCCCUGACUUUCAUUGGCUGGAAGGAAAGGUGGUUGAACAAAUUACAGUAACACAGGCUAAUUGCCAGCUGGUUUCCCCAGACUAUCACUGUGAAUGAAUGAUUUUUUUUUUUAACCUACCUUUGUAGCUGAAGAUGGGGUGUGCGGCCUGAAGUGGCAGUUUCUGCCAGAUGUUCAGCCCUGCCUUCCCAGUUUGUCCUUGAACCUUCUCUGAUGGUUGCAGUAGGAUCCUUAACAGCACUUGGUUAACAGGAGCAGUGGUCACCUGAUUGGUCACGACACGUAGCCCACUUACUGUGGGCGCAGUGCUCCCGCAGUUGCUGCUGAUGCACAUAAACUACACCAUAGGUGAUGUGGGAUAUUGAUGCAGUCCCAUUAUAAAACUGGAUUCUGAAGGGGUCCCUUUGGUGCAGCUGUUGUCAAAGCAUAAUGCUAUGCUACACAAAACUAAUGUACUCAAUUGUAUGUGUAUUGUAUAUUCAUGAUUAAAUUGGUUAAAUGUG